AUGGAUUAUGUAGGAAAAUAUCAGAUGAUCUUGACUAUGGAGGAGCUGGAUAAAGAGCGACAAGCUCUGGAAUAUUUGAAGGAAGACUUACUUGCACAAAAAACUAGAAUUGAGAGACAACUGGCAGAAAUAAAACUGAGCAAGGAUAAACUGUCGCUCAAAGAAGCCACACUGCAAACUUCAACAAAAAACGCAGCAGACAUGGAGUACCAAUUAGAGCUGCGAAAACAGGAGCUCGAACGAACUGAAAAUAAGAUGGAACAGACAAAGCUAGAAAUACAGAAAGGAUGGGAUAACCUGCAGGCUGAGAUUGAAGAAAGCAGAGAAAAAGAAGACAUGGUAAGAACAGAAUUAGAAAAAGUGAGAGAUGUCCUAAAUCAAUUCAGAAAGGAUAUAGAAAAACAAAAGCAAACCAUGGAGGCUGACCUAAAAGACAAAUUUGCUAGAGAACUAGAAGACAUAGAAGCUCAGCGAAAAAGGAUAGAGGAUGAAAAGAGAACAUUAGAGGACAUGAAAUAUGUGCUGCAAAAAGAGUCUAGUGAUAUUGAGAGGUUAAAACAGGAUGUGCAGGAAGAAAGACAGAAUAUGGAGAAAUGGGCAGAGCAGCUGAAACAAGAGAGGGAGGAACUAGAAAAGAAAGUGCGCAAUAUGCAACAAAUACAAGCAGAGAUGGUGAGAGAAAAUGAACUUAUUUUACAACAAAAAGAUGAUUUUGAGAAUGAUAAGAAGGAAAUAAAGAAAAGAGAAAAUGAACUGCAGCAAAUGCAGGCUGAUCUUAACAGACAACAUCAAGAGAUGCAGGAUAUUCAGAAUAUAGUUUUCAUUCAAAAAAGUGAAUUACAGAAGAGCCAAGAUGAAAUAGCCGAAAAGCUAAAACAGGUGGAUGACAUCAGGCAGUUCACACAAAAUGAAAAAGACAAUCUUGACAGAGAGAGGGCGGCUAUAAUGGAACAGAAGCAGCAGAUGGAGAGAAACAUGACAGAUGCCUUAAACAGAGAACUUGAAAAUGUAGAGCUUGUGAAAAAAGAGGUACUAAAUGAGAAGCGACUUAUUGAGGACUGCAGAAUAACUUUAAUGAGAGAUAUAGAAGAUCUGGAGCAAAAGAAAAUCAAUUUGGAGAGACAGGCAGAGGAGAUAAAAUUGCAAAGACAAAGUUUUGAAGAAGAAAAAGACAAGUUGGAACACACUGAAUCUGUGCUGCAAAGAGUAGCUGAACAUACUGAGAAGCUAAGACAAGAGACACUAGCUGAAAGAGAGAAACUUAAAAACACUGCUGUACAACUUCAGAAAGAGAGAGAUGCCAUUGUGACUCUUGCAGAGGAGACAAAAAGACAAAGAGAGGACCUGGACAAAAUGCAAGCUGAUACAGAAAAGCAGGAAUCAGCAUUUGAGAUAUUAAAAGCCAUGAAGGCUGAUCUGAGAAGAGAAGCUGGUGUCAUUGAAAAUUUAAGGCAAGCUGUUCAAAAUGACAUACAACACAUAAAAGAUAUGGAAGCCAGAAUUCGAAAAGAAAGACAAAACACUGAUAGUCUAGUUGAAGAGACUGAAAAGAGGUCAAAAGCUCUAGAUGAGAUGCGCAUGGAAGUUGAAAAAGAAAAGCGGUAUGUUGAGUCUGAGAGAGAUGUGCUAGAACAGGAAAAGUCUAAGCUCAGAGAUCUCAAAGAUGAUUUUGCUCAGCAAAAAGAACAGAACUUUAUUAUACUGGCAGAGAUACAGAAAGAAAGACACAAUCUUGAGCAGCUGAGUGAAACCAUCUCAAAUCAAAGGCUCGUUGUUGAAAAUGAUAAAGAAAAUUUAAGACUGAGAGAAAAUGAACUAAAACAAAAAGAAGCAGAGACUGAAAACAAACAAAAACAAAUAGAUGAGUUGAAGAGCAGUUUAAGAAUGGAGCAGAUGCAAGCUGACCAAGCUCAACAAAGGACAGUUGCACAUGAAAAAAUAGAAUAUGUUAAGACUGCGAGAGAUAGAGAAUUGACAGAGAGACAGGAAAUGGAGAAUUUGAGAGAAGAAUUAAGGGUGGAACAUGAAAAUGUGGAGCUCCAAAAGAAAAAUUUAGCUGAACAAAAGGAAGUAUUUGAAAGCCGAAUGAAAUCUCUGGAAAUGGAUAAGGAAGACAUAGAGAAAAAUAAAGCCAAACUGCACAAAAAAUUUGAAAACUUGCAGUUUCAGAGGCAAUCUUUUGAGAAAGAGAUGCAGCAGGUGAGAGCUGCGCUUCAGAAAGAGGCUGACAAUAUUGAGAGAAUAAAGAAAGAGGUGGUAGCUGAAAAGCAGAGUAUAAAAGACAUGGCAGUUCAAAUUCAACAUGAGGGAGAUGAAAGAAAAGAAGCUCUGGAGAGGAUGCGCCUUGAGCUAGAAAAACAAAAGCAAGCUAUUGAGACUGAAAAAGAUAUACUAAAAAAACAGAAGUCUGAAGUGGAGAAAAGCAAAACUGAGAUAGCUAGAGCAAAAGAAGAUCUUGCUGAAAAGAGAAAAAUGAAUGAUAUUAAUCAGUCAGAGAUGGAGAAGCAGAAAAAUUCCCUUGAGCAAAUGGAACAUGAUAUUAAAAUAGCGAAGGACAGUUUGAGACACCAAGAAAGUGAACUGAAUAUACGUACAUCACAACUUUAUGCACAACAAAAAGAAAUAGAAGAGAUUCAGGAUAUUAUCAUGAAAGAGAAGAAUCAGCUUAAUGAAAGACAGGCUGAAAUAGAAAAGCAAAAGAGAGAAUUAGAGAAUGUGAUGAACAGACUCGAGAAAGAGAGGAUUGUCGUAAUGGAUGAGAGACAAAGAGUGAAUGACAUGCAACUAGACCUGAAGAGGGAAAGUGAAACAGUGGAGCUGAUGAAACAAGAAGUUCUCAGAGAAAAAGAAUCUAUUGAAAACAGUAGAAAAAUACUAAACAGAGAUCUAGAGGAUAUAAACGAAAAUAGAACCAUCUUAGCUGAGGAGUUUGAGACCUUAAACUAUCAGAAACAAUUGAUUGGCAAAGAAAGGGAUGGACUUUAUAAGAUCAAAACUGAGCUCCAACAAGAAAAGGAAAAUAUUGCUAAACUAAGGCAAGAUAUAGAAAAGGACAGACAGAAGGCUGAGGAAAUGGCGAUCAAACAUCAAAAAGAAAAGGAAGAUAUAGAGACUUCAUUUGCCAGCGUAAGAUCAGAGGAAGCAGAUCUAAGAAAACAAAAACAAAAACAAACAACUGAAUCUGAUAGAGACACUCUUGAAAUGGAAAAGUCUGACCUAGAGAAAACUAAGACAGAGAUAGCCAGAGCCAAAGAAGAUCUUAAGAACCAAUUUGAAUCACAUAAAAGACAAAAUGAGGUAAUACUGGCUGAGAUACAGAAAGAGAAACACAUUCUUGAGCAGUUAAGAAUGAACAUAUCAAGACAGAGAGAUGAUCUAGAAAAAGACAUUGAACAAACAAGUUACAAACAUGCAGAGCUGCAAAGUCUAAAAAUGGAAAUCCAGAAACAGCAAACAGAGAUAGACGAGCAGAAGGUAAUAAUUUCAAUUGAGCAGAGUGGGCUGAACGACUUAAAAGCUCAAAUAGAUCAACAAAAAAAAGAGACAGAUGAAACCAAAGAACAAAUAAGAAAGGAGAGGGAUGAUAUUGAGAGGGAAAGAGCAGAAAUAAUGAAUCAAAAACAACAUAUGGAGGUAAAUUUGAGACAAGAACUUAAAAUGGAGAGUGAAAAGUUAAAGGAAAGGAAAAGCAUAAAAACAGAUAUGGAUAAUUUGGAACAAACAAAGCUUGAUGUAGUGAAAGAGUUGGAGAAUAUUAAGCUUCAGAAACAAAUGAUUGAGGAUGAGAAAGACAAGAUUGAGCAGAUAAAAGCUGAGUUAAAAAAAGAAGCUGAAUAUGUUGAGAAGAUAAAACUAGACACACAAAAUGACCGACAGAAGCUUAUGGAAGCAACAACCCAGCUUAAGAAAGAUAGAGACAAUGUUGAGAAUCUUGCAGAUGAAAUUGGCAAGAAAAAAGUGGAAUUAGAAAACAUACAUCAGGAAAUUGAAUUGCAAAGGAAAGCAAAUGAGUCUAAUAAACAGAUGCAGGAAAGGGCUCAACUUGAGCUGAAGAAAACUAUGACGGAUAUAGCAAGAGCGAAGGAGGAUCUUGAAAACCAGCUUGUUGAAGAAAGAGAAAAGAACAAGAUCGCACUAGCAGAAAUACAGAAAGAAAAAGACAUGCUUCUUCUACUGAGAGACAGUAUUUCAGAGCAACAGGAUAACAUUGCAAAUGAGAGAGAACAAAUGAGACUGAGAGAGACUGAACUUGAACAACUCCAAACUCUGAUUAAUACACAGUUAGAUGAAAUGGAAGCCACACGAAAAGCUCUCACAAUGGAAAAAGAAAGAUUUGAAGAGAAGAAAAUUGAAAUAGAUCAAAAACAAAGAAAAGUAAAUGAAAUCCUGGAAUUUACAACAGGAGAAAAGGCUUAUCUUGAGAAAAAGAAAUCUGAAAUGAUAGCACAGAAACACCAAAUAGAGACUGAGCUGGAGCUCUUUAGGGAAGAACUGAACAAUGAAAAAGAAUUAAUUGAGGAAAGAACUCAAAUGUUGAAAACACACAUGGCUGAUAUAGAAGAAAAAAGAGCAGCCCUAGAGAGAGAGGUUAAGGAGCUUGAAUAUCAUAAAACAGGUAUUCAAAGUGAGAAGGAUGAUGUAGAACUGAAGAAGACUGAGCUGCAAAGACAAACUGAAGAUAUGAGAAAGUUAAAAGAAGAAGUACAAAAUGAGAGACAGAGUUUGGAAAAGAUGACUGAAGAACUUCAGAAAGAGAAAGAAGAUAUUGUUCGUCUUGCUGAAGAUACAAAGAGAAAACAUGCAAUUCUGGAUGAAAUGAAAGCUGCAAAUGAGUCUUCAAUGGCAGAUCUACAAAGAGAGAAAAGCAUUCUUGAGCAAAUGAGAGUGAACAUCUCCAAACAAACUGAUGAUUUUGAAAACGAGAAAGAGAAAUUGAGACUUAGAGAAGAUAAACUAGAGAAACUACAAGCAGAGAUUCAUAAACAACAGAGUGAAAUUAAUGAGGAAAAGAACAACAUUGAAAGUGAAAGAGCUGCAAUGAUCAGCCAGGUGACAGAUAUGCAACAAAAAUUAAUGAAUGUACACAGAGAUUCAGAGAGUCUGAAACAUGAAAGAGAGGCUUUUAAGAAUGAGAAGGAAAUGAUGAAACAUAUGAAAGCUGACCUGCAAAGAGAAGCACAAGAAAAUGAGAAGAUCAAACUAGAGAUGCAACAUGAAAGACAAAGGCUGGAUGAAAUGGCAGCUCAACUCCAGAAAGAGAGAGAAGAUAUCAACAAUCUCAUUGAGGAGACAAAAAGAAAAGGCAUGGUCUUGGAUGAAAUGAACAGAGAAAUUGAAGUUAAAACUAAAGCGACUCAAUCUGAUAAAGACAUGCUUGAUAAGGAAAAACAUGAUCUGGAGAAAAUCAAAAGUGAACUUGCUAAAGCUAAGGAAAAUCUUGAAAAAGAAAGAGAAAAGCAAAGAAUCAUACAGGCAGAGACACAGAAAGAAAGAAACAACCUAGAGGAGAUGAAUGAGACCAUCAUAAGACAAAUACAUGAUAUUAAAAAUCAAGAGGAACAACUGAGAAAAAAACAGCUUCAGCUUGAGCAAUUGCAAACUGAAAUUCAGAAUCUGCAAAGAGAAAUUGACAAUGACAGAAACAUUACAAUAAAAGAGAGAAGUCAGCUUGAUCUGAGACAAUCUGAGUUAGACAAACAACAGACAGAAGUGGACAAAAUGAGGAAUGAGAGAAGACAACUAGAUGAAGAUAAAAAAGAGAUGGAAAAACAGAAACAGCAACUGAAGAAAGAAAGAGAUGAUGUAGACCAAAGCAGAAAUGAUCUGAUUGAAGACUUAAAGGUGAUGAAACUUCAGAAACAAGAGUUUGAAGACGAGAAGAGCAAGUUAGAACAGAUGAAGACUGAGCUACAAAGACAAGCUGAUGAUAUGAAGAAACUAAAAGAAGAAACACAAAAUGAGAGACAGAGUUUGGAAAAGAUGACUGAAGAACUUCAGAAAGAGAGAAAAGAUAUUGUUCAUCUUGCUGAAGAUACGAAGAGAAAACAAGAGAUGCUGAAUGAAAUGAAAGCUGCAAAUGAGUCUUCAAUGGCAGAUCUACAAAGAGAGAAAAACAAUCUUGAGCAACUGAGAGUGAACAUCUCCAAACAAACUGAUGAUAUUGAAUAUGAGAAAAAGAAAAUGAGACACAGAGAAAAUGAACUACAGCAACUACAAGCAGAGAUUCAUAAACAACAAAGUGAAAUUAAUAAGGAAAGUGCUGCAAUGAUCAUGGAAAAACAGAACAUGAUGACUGAGCUGAAAAAGAAGUCUGAAGAUGUUGAGCUUCAGAUGAAGGAGAUAUUGACCAAAAAGGAAAUACAGGAAAAUGACAGAAAACAGCUGGAGAGAGACAUGGAAAAUCUGCAACAAAAACUAGUUAAUGUAGACAGAGAUUCAGAGAGUCUGAAACUUGAGAGAGAAGCUUUGGAGAAUGAGAAGGAAGUGAUAAAACAGAUCAAAACUGACCUGCAAAGAGAAAGACAAGAGAUUGAGAAGAUCAAACUAGAAACACAACAUGAAAGACAAAGGCUGGAUGAAAUGACAGCUCAACUCCAGAAAGAGAGAGAAGAAAUCAAUGAUCUUAUUGAGGAGACAAAAAUAAAAGACAUGGUCUUGGAUGAAAUGAACACAGAAAUUGAAGUGAAAACUAAAGCCAUUCAAUCUGAAAGAGACAUGCUUCAGAAAGAAAAACAUGAUCUGGAGAAAAUCAAAAGUGAACUUGCUAAAGCCAAGGAAGAUCUUGAAAAAGAAAGAGAAAAUCAUGGAAUCAUACAGGCAGAGAUACAGAAAGAGAGAAACAACCUAGAGAAGAUGAAUGAAACCAUCACAAGACAAAUACAUGAUAUUAAAAAUCAAGAGGAACAAAUGAGACAAAAACAGCAUGACCUCCAACAACUGCACACUGAAAUUCAAAAUCAGAAGCAGGAACUUGAGCAACUGCAGAGUGAAAUUCAGAAUCUGCAAAGAGAAACUGACAAUGACAGAAACAUUAUGAUAAAGGAGAGAAGCCAGCUUGAUCUGAGACAAUCUGAGCUAGACAAACAACAGACAGAAGUCAAUGACAUUAUGGAAAAAAUGAUGAAUGAGAGAAGACAACUAGAUAAAGAUAAACAAGAGAUGGAAGAACAAAAACAGCAACUGCAGAAAGAAAGAGAUGAUGUAGACCAACGCAAAAAAGAUCUGGAUAAAGACCUAAAGGUGAUGACACUUCAGAAACAAGAGUUUGAAAAUGAGAAGAGCAAGUUAGAACAGAUGAAGAUUGAGCUGCAAAGAGAAGCUGAUGAUAUGAGAAAGAUAAAAGAAGAAACACAAAAUGAGAAACAGAGUUUGGAAAAGAUGACUGAAGAACUUCAGAAAGAGAGAGAAGAUAUUGUUCAUCUUGCUGAAGAUACAAAGAGAAAACAUGAGGAAAUGAGAGUGAACAUCUCCAAACAAACUGAUGAUAUUGAAAAUGAGAAAGAGAAAAUAAGACUCAGAAUAGAUGAACUACAGCAACUACAAGCAGAGAUUCAUGAACAACAAACUAAAGUGGAAAAGGUAAAGAGCAACACUGAGCAUGAAAGAGCAGCAAUGAUCAUGGAAAAACAGGACAUGAUGACUGAGCUGAAAAAGAAGUCUGAAGAUGUUGAGCUUCAGAUGAAGGAGGUAUUGACUGAAAAGGAAAUACUGGAAAAUGACAGACAACAGCUGCAGAGAGACAUGGAAAAUCUGCAACAAAAGCUAUUUAAUGUAGACAGAGAUUCAGAGAGUCUAAAACUUGAGAGAGAAGCUUUGGAGAAUCAGAAAGAAGUGAUAAAACAGAUCAAAACUGACCUGCAAGGAGAAACACAAGAGAUUGAGAAGAUCAAACUAGAAACACAACAUGAAAGACAAAAGCUGGAUGAAAUGACAGCCCAAAUCCAGAAAGAGAGAGAAGAAAUCAAUGAUUUUAUUGAGGAGACAAAAAGAAAAGGCAUGGUCUUGGAUGACAUGAACACAGAAAUUGAAAUUAAAACUAAAGCCAUUCAAUCUGAUAGAGACAUGCUUGAGAAAGAAAAACACAAUCUGGAGAAAAUCAAAAGUAAACUUGCUAAAGCCGAGGAAGAUCUUGUAAAAGAAAGAGAAAAGCAAGUAAUCAUACAGGCAGAGAUACAGAAAGAGAGAGUCAACCUAGAGGAGAUGAAUGAAACCAUCACAAGACAAAUACAUGAUAUUAAAAAUCAAGAGGAACAACUGAGACAAAAACAACAUAAACUUGAGCAACUGCAAACUGAAAUUCAGAAUCUACAAAGAGAAACUGACAAUGACAGAAACAUUAUAAUAAAAGAGAGAAGUCAGCUUGAUCUGAGACAAUCUGAGCUAGACAAACAACAGACAGAAGUCAAUGACAUUAUGGAAAAAAUGAGGAAUGAGAGAAGACAACUAGAUAAAGAUAAACAAGAGAUGGAAGAACAGAAACAGCAACUGAAGAAAGAAAGAGAUGAUGUAGACCAAAGCAAAAAAGAUCAGGAUGAAGACCUAAAGGCGAUGACACUUCAGAAACAAGAGUUUGAAGACGAGAAGAACAAGUUAGAACAGAUGAAGAUUGAGCUGCAAAAAGAAGCUGAUGAUAUGAGAAAGCUAAAAGAAGAAACACAAAAUGAGAGACAGAGUUUGGAAAAGAUGACUGAAGAACUUCAGAAAGAGAGAGAAGAUAUUGUUAAUCUUGCUAAAGAUACAAAGAGAAAACGUGAUAUUCUGGAUGAAAUGAAAGCUGCAAAUGAGUCUUCAAUGGCAGAUCUACAAAGAGAAAUUAAUAAGGAAAGAGCUGCAAUGACUAUGGAAAAGCAGGACAUGAUGACUGAGCUGAAAAAGAAGUCUAAAGAUGUUGAGCUUCAGAUGAAGAAGGUAUUGACUGAAAAGGAAAUACUGGAAAAUGACAGACAACUGUUCGAGAGGGACAUGGAAAAGCUGCAACAAAAAAUAGUUAAUGUAGACAGGGAUUCAGAGAGCCUGAAACUUGAGAGAGAAGCUUUGGAGAAUGAGAAGGGAGUGAUAAAACAGAUCAAAACUGACCUGCAGAGAGAAAGACAAGAGAUUGAAAAGAUCAAACUAGAAACACAACAUGAAAGACAAAGUCUGGAUGAAGUGAAAGCUCAGCUCCAGAAAGACAGAGAAGAAAUCAACAAUCUCACUGAAAACAUUAAAAAGAAGAGAGAUAUUCUGGAUGAAACCUACACUGAAACACAAAGGGAACAAGAAGCAAUUGAGAAAGACAAAGAAUUGAUAAGAAGGGAAUGGUCUGACCUAGAGAAAACCAAAGCUGAGAUGUCUCAAAGCAAGGAAGAGCUUAAAAAACAGAUUUCUGACCAAAAACAAGAGAUACAACAAGAGAGAAACAUGCUUGAACAGAUGAGUAAGAAAAUAACAAGAGAAAAAUUGGCUCUUGAAGGUGAAAAGGAAAAGUUAAGAAUAAGAAAAGAAGAACUUGAAAAAAUGCAGGCAGACAUCAAAAGACAACAAGAAGAUAUUGAUCACCUGAGGUUUGGCAUAACAGAAGAGAGUCUGCUUGAGAAGUCAGCGGCCGAAAUGGUUCUUCAACAGAGUGACGUAGAUGUAGUCAAGUCUUUAACAGACAAAGAAAUGUCAGAUCCAGACAGACAAAGUGUCUUGACAGAGCAGAUGCUGAAAAUGGAUUUAAAAGAUGCAUUAAAAACAGAUGUUGAGAGCCAAAAGUCAUACUUACCUGAAGUUGAGGAUAAAUUACCUAAUAAACAGGAGAUAAUGUUAGAUAAGAAGUUUAUUGAAGAUGAAAAGGACAAGCUGGAAAAGAUGAGAGCUGAACUGCAAAGAGAAGCAGAUCAAAUUAAAAAGAAAAAGGAGGACACGCAGAACGAAGGACAGAAGCUAGAAGAAAUGGCAGCUCAACUUCAGGAAGAGAGAAGAAGUCUUGAACGUCUUAAUGAGGAGAUUAAUAUUCAGAAGUUUAAUCAGCAAAAGCAAGCAACUGCGUUUGAAAUGGAGAAGACUGAUUUAGAGAAAAUCAAAACAGAAAUCGCUGAAGCCAACAAACUUCUUACAGAACAGCAGGAAAAGAAUGAGAUGACAAUAGAAGAAAUGCGGAGAGAGAGAGACACUCUUGAGGAAAUGAGGGUGAACAUCUCAAGACAAGUAGAGACUAUUAAAAAAGAGAAUGAAAGUCUUUCUUGCAGAGAAAGUGAACUUGCAAAGCUGCAGGAAGACAUUUUACAACAACAAGAAGAAAUGGAUGAACUGAAAAACACAAUCAUAAUAGAAAUGCGUCAACUGGACCAGAGACAAACUGACAUUGAUCAAUUACAGCGAGAGGUUGAUGAUCUAAUGGAAUUCACAAAGACAGAAAUGACCAACGUAGAAAGAGAAAGAGUCGAAAUGAUGGCACAGAAGAGAAAUAUAGAGAGAGGCAUGGUCAGUCUAGAGGAAGAAAAGGAGACCUGUGAACAACUGAGGCUAAAAUUACUUGAGGAAAAGGAUAGGGUUGAAAAAGACAGAGAACUGUUGACCAAAAAUUUGGAUCAUAUGGAGAGUCAGAAAAUGGAUAUCGAGAAGGAAUUGAAGAAUCUAAAAGAUGAAAAAGAAACCAUUGAAAAUAAAAAGGAGGAACUAGAGAGGAUGAAAACUGACCUUCAACAACAAGCUGAAGACUUGGAGAAACUAUCUGAGAAGACAAAGAAUGAAAGACAGGUGGCAGAAGAGAUGGGAGCCAAAUUUAAAAAGCAAUUAGACAUCAGUGGUAUUCCAGCGGACAAACAGGCAGAAGAGCUCAUGGAUCAGAAAGAGAAGCAAAGAAAGGAAAUUCAGUCUGCCAAAGACUUGCUUCAAGAAGAAAGAUCUGAGCUGGAGAAAGCCAAGGCAGAGAUAAACCAAGCCACGAAAGAACUAGAUAGACAAAGAACUGACUUACAGAGAGAGAAAGACAUUCUGAAACAAAUGAGUACAAAUAACUUGGCACAAAUAGCUCAAAUUGAAGAUGAGAAGGAAAAAAUACAACGCAAAGAGAAUGAACUAGAACAAAUGAGAGAAGAACUUCAAAAUAAAGAAAAAGAAUUGGAUGACAUGAAAAACAACAUAAUGAAAGAAAAAGCUGAUAUGGAAAAUCUGGAACAAAUGAGAGCUGAAUUGACUAGAGGCUUGGAAAACCUCCAAACUGAGAAACAAGCUUUUAAAAAUGAGCAAGAUAAACUCGAAAAGAAGAGAGAAGAUAUUGAAAAGUCAAAGCUAGAAGUUCAGAAAGAAAGGCAGAGAGCUGCAGAAGAGUUAGAAAAAGAGAGGCAACAAUUUGCUAAGGAGAUCAAAAUUAAAAAUGACACCCUGGAUGAAAUACAAGCUGAGAUAGAAAGACAGAAACAAGCCAUUGCUGUACAUAAAGCGAUUGUUACAAAGGAGGAGAUGGAUCUGGAAAAAACCAAGGAACACUUCAAAAGACAAUCCGAGGAGAGUGACAUCACACGUGCAGACCUGCAGAAAGAGAGAGAUACUCUUGAUCAGAUGAGUGUAGAGAUCUUAAAGCAAAAACAUGACCUGGAGAGAGAAAGAGGUGAACUGUUAGAGCAGCGUCAGCUGAUGGAGACACUAAAGAAGGACAUUCAGAAUGUGGAACAGCUAAGGAAAGAGCUUUUGGAUGAAAAGGAAUUGAUUGAGAAAAACAGAACGCAACUGAAACAAGACAUAAAUGACAUUGAACAAAAUAAAUCAAAUCUGCAUAACGAAUUAGAGGAAAUAAAAGUUCAAAAACAGGAUAUUCAAGAUGAAAGAGCUCAACUAGAGCGAAUAAAAGCUGAGUUAGCAAAAGAAAGAGAAGCAAAUGAUGAAAUGCUGAGAGAGGCUAAAAAAGAAAUGGAGAAUUAUGAAGAGAUCAAAUCAAAUAUUCUAAUCCAGAAAGAAGAGUUUGAGACUAAAAGACAGUCAGAAGUAGAGGAACUCAUGGUUAUGAGAGCUGAAAUACUCAAACAGAAAGAGGAAUUAGAGGACAAGAUGCAAAAAACUAAACUUGAGAUGAAAGAACUGAAGCUUCUUCAGGAUGAAACUGAUGGCAAGAGGAAAGAUCUUGAUUACAAGAUGAGACAGGCAGCAAGAACGAGAGAUGAGCUGGAGAAAAUGAGAGCUGAUAUUGAAAGUGCAAAUGAGAAACUUGAAAUGGAGAGGGUCAUGUUAAGUAUAAAGCGUGAUGAGAUGGAGCGAUUGAAAGCUGAAGAACAACAAGCGGAAGAAGAACUACAACCUCAUAUAGAAGAAAGAAGUCGAGAUCGGGAAGGAAAAGAAGAAAUAAACACCAAGAUACAGAGGCUUAUUCAAGAAGCUGAAAAGACUAGGGAAAUUGCUUGGAGAACACAACAUGACGUGGAAGGAAGAAUGCAGACAGAUGUUAAUGUUCAACCAGAUUCAGAGGUAAGGCAAGAAAUGAGUGCUUACAUCCAGAGCCUGAUCCAGGAAAUUGAGCAGAGAGGAGAGGAUGUCAGAGAGGAUCUUAGAAGAAUGAAAGAUGAAGUCAAGGCUGCUAGAAAAGAAAGAUUUGAACUGGAGAACAUGAGGCUGGAAGUUGAAGCCAUGAAACAGAGCAUGAAAGAAUCCUAUGAGCAACAGAACAAUGAGAUACAAAAAGAGAAGCAACAUAUUGAGAGUACCAAAGUCUUGCUGAGCAGAGAGCGAAAUGAUCUUGAGCAAAAUAGAGCUGAUUUGGAGAGACAAAAACAAGAAAUGGCAUUGGACAAACAAAAACUCCAAGAUGAAAAUGAACUGCUGCAGAAAGAAAAUGUUGACAUGAAGAAACAAUAUGAAAUUCUCAAAAGCCUUCUAGAAGAAACAACCAGAGAAAUCGCAACAGUUAAACUUCCCAGGAGAGAUUCAGAGGAAUUAAUGGAGAAAAUGGAAGCAUUAAGCAUGGAUGACCAGCAAGAAGAGAGUGAGAGUCAGACAGAUAAAGUUAAGAGACAAACAGACAAACUGACAGAGUUGAAGGCUGAGCUGGAUCAACAGCAGGUAGAACUUGAGAAAACUAAAGCAGACUUAAAACAUCAGAUGGACGAGCUAGAAAACAUGAAGUCUGAGAUAUUAAAACGUGAAAAGGACACAAGAGAGGAGGAGUUCAUGGACAUACAGAGACAGAGAGAAGUCCUAGAAACAAGGAUUCAGAAAAUGAUGCAUGAGAAGGGAGAACUGGAAGUCUUAAGGUCUGAGAUAGUCCUAGAAAAGAAAGAUCUGGACCAGAAGAUGAAACAAGUGACCAGAAAGAGGGAUGAGAUGGAGAAAAUAAAGACUGAGAUAGCAAAGGCCAGAGAGGAGAUCAACAGAGACAGGCAGGAGCUGGAAAUACUCAGGAAUGAUGUUCAAAGUGCAAGAGAGGAUUUUGAACUAUUGGUGGAGAAAACUGUGAAUCUAGAAGAUGAAGAAAGUACCAACGCUGAUAUCCAAAGACUGAUUUUAGAGGUUGUGAAAAUCAGGGAAAUGGUGAGAAAUCUAAAAGUUGACAUGGAGAGCAGGAUGAAGGAAAGUAAAGUGGUGAGUGAUGAAAAGGAAAACUUCAAGUCUGAAAUCCAGAGGCUCAUUCAGGAUAUUGGACAAAUACGGGAAAAUCUUGGAAGCCUUAGAGAAGAGAUUGAAACCACCAGAAGAGACAAGAAUGAAUUGGAGAAGAUGAGGGCAGAACUUGUAGAGAAGCAACGGGAGGAAGAAAGCAUGAGAGAAAUGCUGCAGAAGGAAAGAGAAGAACUGGAGCAGCUGAAGGAUGAGAUAAACAGAGAAAAAGAGGAUAUGGAGACCAAAAAAGAGAUGGUUAAGGUAGGAUUAACUACAGAAAAAACUGAAGAGUUUAAGGACACAAGAAAGAACAAGGAAGAACUGCAAAUGGUCACUGAGGAACUCUUGAGAAACAAGAGUGAUCUGGAACAGCUCAAAAGAGAUAUACAAAACCUGAGGCAAACCAUGGAUAAAAUGGAAACACUGCAUGAAAAGAAAAGGGCUGAACUGGCAGGCAUUACUUCUGAAAUAAAGAGGGGAGAGCAGAUACUGGAGAAGCAGAAACAUGAGUUGGAAGAGAAGGGUUGGAUUGUUAAAGAAAUAGAGAAAAAGAAAAAUAUUCUUGAAAAGAUCAAUUUGGAAAUUCUGAGGAAGCGAGAAGAUAAAGAAAAAGAAAUGGAUAUUUUAAGGCAAGAGAAGCAAGAGCUGGAGCUCUUUAGAGGUGAACUACAGAGACAGAGAGUUGAUGUUGAAUCUUCAAAACAAGCUUUGAUCACGGAGAGGGAUCGGUUAGAAGAUGAACAAGCUGAAAUCAGUCGACAAAGGCAUGACAUGAGUGCUGCCAUGAAGGCCUAUGAUGUGGAACAGGAAAAUCUAGAAAAGAUGAGGAAUGAACUAGAAAAUGAGAGGGCUAAACUUAAUGAAAAACUCCAUGAAGCCAGAAAAAUGGAGGAGAAACUACAGGAGAUGAAGAAUGAACUAUACAAAGAAAAGAUGCAAGUGGAAGAAAUAAAGCAGAUGGUCAUUACAGAGAGACAGGUGAUUGAACAAGAGAAAGCUGAGCUUCAGAAUAAGUCAGAGAUCACUGAUAAACUCAUUCAGGAAGCAAACAAUGAGAGAGACAAAUUAACAGACCUCAGUCUAAAACUUCAAACACAAAGAGAAGAUAUAGAAAAUAUAAUCACAGAAAUAGAGACCAAGAAGAACGAUCUCAAUAAAAUGAGUGCAGAACUUCAAGAUGAUAAGAUGCAACUGAAAAAUGACAGGGAUGUUUACGAAAGGGAAAUGACACAUCUGCAGCUUCAGAGGGAAGCGUUAGUGGGAGAAACAGAGAACCUGGAAAGAAAAACCUUACAGCAGAAAGAACAAGAUGAGAUGACGAAACAAGACAUUAAAAAUCAGAAAGAGGCUCUAGAGCAAAUGAAGGUGGACGUUCUGAAAGAAAGAGAUGAUAUUGACAAAGAGAAGAAAAAUGUACAAUCAGAAAAACAAAAACUGGAUACACUUCAAGGAGAACUGCAACGAAAGGAAAGUGUGCUUGAAAACAAAGUGAAAACUUUCAUGGAAGAGCAGCAACAGCUGAAACAGACUCAAGAUGAAAUCUACAAAAUCAAGAAGGAGAUUCAAGAGGAGGAGGCUGAAAUUCAAGAGGAGAGACAGCGAUUAAUGGAAAUGGGUGAAACAAUGACAAGAGAACACAAUGAAUACAGAGAACUGACUGCAGAAGUACAGAAAGAAAAAGAGCAGAUUGAAAUCAGCAAAAAGUUGAUGGAUCAAGAGAAGGCUGAUCUUGAAAACAUGAAAAAUGAUCUGGAGAAGCAACUAAGACAUGAAAAACAGAACGUACAAGAUGAGAAGAGUGCACUAGAACAGAUAAGAACAGAAUCCGAAGAGAUCCAAAAUGUUAUCAAGAAGGAAAGAAAGGAUCAAGAGAAAUGCUGGCUGGAGAUUGAAGGUGAAAAGCAAAGAGUGGAGAAAGAAAUGGAAGAAUUAUUGCAAAUGAGGGUUGACCUGGAGAGAACAAAAGUAGAAAUCAAAAAGGAUAAUCAACAACUUCAAGAUGAUAAAUUUGAUCUUGAAAAGACAAAGGCUGAGAUAAGAGAAAUUAAAAUCCAACUAGAUAAAGACAGAGAAGAAAUUAACUGUUUGUCUGAAGAGACUGAAAUGAAAAUGAAGGACCUUGAUGUGAUGAAGAAGGAGAUGGAGAGACAAAAGCAAGAAUUCGAGAGAACAAAAGUGAUGCUUGAAAAGGAAAAGACAGAAAUUGACCAACAAAAGAAAGACUUUGAAAACCAAAUGAUGGACCAGAUUAAGCAGACACAAAAGGACAGACUGGCCCUUGAGGAGAUGAAGGAAGAACUUCUUCGUGAAAAACAAGAAACAGAGGAAGAGAGGAAUAACUUGGUGACUUUAAGAAGCAAACUAGAAGUUUUAAGAGUAGAGAUACAGAACGAGCAAAAUGAAAAUGAAAUUUUGAAGAAGAAACUUAUUUUGAAAAAAUCAAACAUUGACGAAUGGCAGGUUAAGUUACUCAACCAGCAGCGACAGAAUGAUCAAACCAGUGAGGAACACAAGAAAGAGAGAGAAGAUCUGAAAAAACAGAGGUUUGAAAUUGAACAGCAGAAACAGAUUUUGGAGCUUAACAUCAUAAAAAUGAAUGAGGAGAAGCAAAAACUUCAGAAUGAUAAGGAGGAAAUGGAAAACACAAAAUACAUCACCACCAAAGAAAGGGAUAAGGUUGAACAAAUGCAAGGUGAGAUACAAAGUCAGAUCCAGUCAAUGGAACUACAAAAGCAACUCAUGCAAGACAAGCAGAAUGCUCUUGAGGAAAAAGAGCUGAACAUACAGAGGAAGGAAAAGGAAGUAGAAAGAAGAAACACAGAAUUAGAUGAAAUCGCUGCUCAGCUUCACAUUGAACAGGAACAUUUAGAUAAUAUUCUUGAGGAAACCAAUAAGAGACAACAUGCCCUUGAAGUAAUGCAGGUUGAUGUAGAACUGCAAAAACAAGAAAAUAAUAAAGACUUUGAGUUGCUUAAGAAGAUACGGCAUGCAAUAGACAACGAGAGGAUAGAAAUUAAGCAGGAAAAGGAUGAUCUGCAGAUCUGGACUAAACAACAGAGAGAUAAGGUUCAAGUCCAGUUAGAAGAGCUAGAGAAAGAAAGAGAAAAACUGGAAACAAUGAAAACAGAGCUUCUUACUGAGAGAGAACAAAUUGAAAAAGUGAAAGCUAAUAUAAAUAGGGCAAAUGGUGAAAUAGAGACAGUGAGACAAAGAGUGAUAAUUGAGAAGAAUGAACUGGAGCAGAGAGAGAGAUAUAUUAUUGAGCAGCAGCAAAGACUGGAUCAAAGUGUAAGAGAGAUAACUGAAGAAAGAAAUGAAAUGGAUAAGAUGAGGAUUGAACUAGAAACUGAGAGACAACAAAUGGAAGAUGACAUGAGGACUAUUGUUGAGCAGGAAAAAGAACUUGCACACCUGAAAGAUGAAAUACAUAGAGAAAAACAAGACAUUGAUGAAAACAGGAACAUGGCUAACAAGUUAAUGAAAGAUCUGGAAAUCACAAAAGCCAAGCUGUCGGAACAACAAGAAGAAAUCCAAACUGAAGCAGAAAAACUCCAAGAGGAAAGAAAACUUGUUGAGCAGACAAAAUCUGAGGUGCAGAAUGAAGCUGAACAUCUGAAAAACGUCUCAGAAGAGAUCAAAAGGGAGCAAGAAAAAAUGGAGACAAGGGAGGCCCACCUUAAAGAAAUGAUGGAGCAAUGUGCCAAUACCGUGGAAGAAACCAAGAGAAAAAAGAGUGAACUAGAAAAGACUAUUGAGGAUAUAGAAGAGAAAAAUGAAAUGAUUAAGACUGAGAAAGACAGUCUGGAAAAAGACAGAAAUAACAUUGAAAAGGAAAGAGAAGAUUUACAAAGACAAGCUGAUGACCUGAAGAUGCACAUGACAGAACAAAAAGAAAAAGAAGAGAUCACUAAAAGAUCAAUGCACGACGAGAAAAAGCUUCUUGAGGAAAAGGCUAGAGAAAUUCUGAGACAGACAGAAGAAAUAGAGAAAGAAAAAGAGGACAUGAUGAAGAAGUGGAAUGAGCUGGAUGCUCUUCAGAAGAACAUACAAAAACAAAGAGAUGAAGUGGAAGAAAUCAAAUAUGAGUUACAGACUGAAAAGACUGAGAUAAAUCAACAGCAGCAAAGACUGGAGGAGAGUAUAAGAGCUGUUGAUGAAGAGAGAAGAGACCUGGAGAACAUCAGGCAUGAAUCUGAAGAAUACAGACAACAAAUGGAAGAAGAGAUAAGAGUAAAAGCAAAUACGGAGAAGGAGAAACUUGAUCAGUUGAAGACUGACCUGGAAAGACAGAAAACUGAAAUAGACCAUGAGCAGAAGAAAACAGAUGAUGACAGAAAGAUGAUUGAACAGGAAAGAAAUGACCUGGAGAAGAUGCGGUCUGAAAUAAUGUUACACAGUAAGCAAAUAGAAGAAGAGAGAUCAGAACUUGACAGCAAAAUAAAACAGAUUGAUCAAGAAAUAUGUGACACUGAGAAGAGCAGAGAAAUUGUACAGAAAUUAUUGGCUGAGGUGGAAGAACAGAAAAACGAUAUUAAACUCCAUGAAGAACAACUUCUACUUGAGAGACAAAAGAUCACUGAUGAAAAAGAUUUUCUGGCUCAAAUAAAGACUGAACUGGAAAGGGAAAACGAACGAAUCAGAAACAUGGAAGAGGAAAUAAAGAAUGAGAGAGAAACACUGAAAGAAAUGGAAGCUCAUCUAAAAAAAGAAAAGGAAGAAAUUGAGAGUGUUGCUGAAGAAACAAAUAGGCGAAAAGAAGAUCUGGAAAAUAUGAGCACAAACAUAAACGAACAAAAGCAAGAACUGAGAAAAUACAGAGAGCUUCUAGAGCUGGAGAAAGAUGAAAUGAACAAUAAAUGGACACAGUUACAACAGAGAAUUGAUGAAUUUGAUACCCAAGUAAGACAACAGAAGGAAAAAGAUUUAAUGAAACAGGAGGAGAUGGAAGAAGAAAGAAAACAUCUAGAACACACCGAAGUCAAGAUCCUGGAACUGAAAGCUAAAGCUGAGCAGGAACAUCAAGACAUAAGCCUAAAAUUACAUGAGCUGAACACACUGCAAGAACAUAUUAUGAAAGAAAAAGAGAAAGAUGAAGAAAUGAGAGUAAAAACAAAGAUGGAGAGAGAAGAACUUGAUCAGAUAAAGAGGGAACUGGAACGAGAGAAAACUGAAAUGAACAAUGACAGGAAGAUGAUUGAACAGGAAAGAAACGGCCUACAGAAGAUGAAGUCUGAAAUAGUGACACAAAGAGAACAAAUGGAAGACAUGAGAGAAGCAAUCAAACUAGAAAGAUCAGCACUAGACCAGAAAAGGCAAGAGAUUGACCUAGAAAAGGAUGAAAUUGAAAAGAACAAAGAAAUAGCUCAGAAAUUAAUGGAUGAAGUAGAAGAGCAGAGAAAUUAUAUUAAACUCCAGAAUGAAGAACUUGACCUUGAAAGACAAAAGAUCACUGAUGAAAAACAUCUUGUAGGUCAAAGUAAGACUGAACUGCAAAAAGAGAGUGAACAAAUCAAAUACAUGGAGGAGGACAUAAAGAAGGAGAGAGAAACACUAAAGGAAAUGGAAGCUCAACUACAAAAAGAAAAGGAAGAAAUUGAGAGUGUCACUGAAGAAACAAAGAGAAAGAAAGAGGAUCUGGAAAAAAUGAACACAGACAUAAUUGAACAAAAACAAGAGCUGAAUAACUGCAGAGACCUUCUAGAACAAGAAAGAGAAGAAAUAAAUCAGAAAUGGACACAGUUACAACAGAGAAUUGUUGAAUUUGAUGCUCAAGUCAGUAAACAGCAGGAAGAUUAUAUGAAGGAACAGAAAAGGAUGGAAGAAGAAAGAAAAAGUCUAGAAGAAACCAAAGCUAAGAUCCUGGAGCUGAAGACCAAGGCUGAAAAGGAACAGAUUAUGGAAGAAAAAGUAAAAGAAGGAGAAAUGAGAGCAAAAGUAAAGAUGGAGAAGGAAGAACUUGAUCAGAUAAAGAGUGAACUGGAAAGAGAGAAAGCUGAAAUAGAUCAAGAGCAGAAGAAAAUGGAUGAUGACAGAAUGAUGAUUGAACAGGAAAGAAAUUACCUGGAAAAGUUGAGGUCUGAAAUAAUGACAGAAAGAGAGCAAAUGGAAAACGUGAGAGAAGCAAUCAAACUAGAAAGAUCAGCACUAGACAAGAAAAUGCAAGAGAUUGAUCUAGAAAAGGAUGAAAUUGAAAAGAACAAAGAAAUAGCUCAGAAAUUAAUGGAUGAAGUAGAAGAGCAGAGAAAUUAUAUUAAACUCCAGAAUGAAGAACUCAACUUUGAAAGACAAAAGAUCACUGAUGAAAAAUAUCUUCUAGCUCAAAGUAAGACAGAACUGCAAAAAGAAAGUGAACAAAUCAAAUGCGUGGAGGAGGAAAUAAAGAAUGAGAGAGAAACACUGAAAGAAAUGGAAGCUCAUCUACAAAAGGAAAAGGAAGAAAUUGAGAGUGUCACUGAAGAAACAAAGAGACAGAAAGAGGAUCUGGAAAAAAUGAACACAGACAUAAUUGAACAAAAACAAGAGUUGAAGAACUGCAGAGACAUUCUAGAGCAAGAGAGAGAAGAAAUAAACCAUAAACAGAUAGAGAUACAAAAGAGAAUUGAUGAAUUUGAUACUCAAGUCAAAAAACAGAACGAAGAAUAUCUAACAGAACAAAAGGAAAUGGAAGAAGAAAGAAAAGGUCUAGAAGAGACCAAAGGCAAGAUCCUGGAGCUGAAGACUAAAGCUGAGCAGGAACAUCAAGACCUAAGCCUAAAAAUACAAGAGCUGAACACACUGCAAGUACAGAUUAUUGAAGAAAAAGAGCAACUACAAGAAAUCAGAAACAAGGUUUUGAAUGAAACAGCCACACUUGAGAUGAGAGCUGCUGAGAUAAUUCAACAACAACAAACACUGGAUGAGAAUCUGAAAGAGGUUAUAUACGAGAAAAAUGAACUUCAUAGGAAGCAAAAGGAACUUCAGGCUGAAAGACAGAAAAUGCAAGAGGAAAUAAAUACCAAAACUAGUGAACUAAUCAGAGAAAAACAAGAAAAUGAAAUUAACAAGACCAUAACAAACAAACUAAGAGAAGAGAUGGACAUCAUGAAAGCUAAAAUAGCUGCACAAGAUGAAGAAAUGCAAGCUGAAAAAGAAAAACUAAAUGAAGAGAGAAAAGAAUUUGAGGAAUUACAGAGUGAUUUAGAAAGAGAGAAACAAGACCUCACUAUGAAUAAAGACAUCAUGAAUACACUAAAAGAGGAACUUCACCUGGAAAAGAAGAGGAUGAAUGAAGAGAGGGAAAAAAUGGAUGUGACCAGUAAGAAGUUUCAAUUAGAGAUACAGACAGACAAAGAGAUAAUUGCUAAAAUGAAGGCCGAACUCCAAAGUGAGAAUGAUGAAUUUAACUAUAUCAGAGAGGAACUGAGAAGGAAGAGAGAAGAAAUGGAGAAAGAAUGGGCAGCGAUAGAAGCAGAAAAACAAACUAUACAACAAAACAGCAAUGAAAUCUUGAGGCAAAGAGAAUAUACAGAGAAGGAAAAAGAGAGCAUUUUGAAAAAGAAAGAUGAACUGGAACAGCUUCAGACAGAAAUCCUGAAACAGAGAACUGAAUGUGAAAACUUUAUUACAACAGAGAAACAUUUGCUUGAAAUGUUGAGAACUGAGUUAGAUCAUAAGCAGCAGGAGAUGGAAGCUGACAGGAAGGUGAUUGAACAGGAAAGAAAAGACUUGGAGAAGACAAAGUUUGAAAAAAUGACACAAAAAGUGCAAAUGGAGAAAGACCUGGAGGAGGAAAUCAAAUCAGAGAGAGUGGAAAAAGUCCAGAAAAUGCAAGAGACUGGUUUAGAAAAGGAUGAAAUUGAAAAGAUGAAAGAAAUAGUUCAGAAACAAAUGGAUGAGGUGAGGGAACAGGGAAAUUUUCUAAAACUUCAACAAGAGGAAACCAAACUUGAAAGACAAAGGAUUAGUGAUGAAAAAUAUUUUCUUGCUCAAACUAAGGCUGAACUGCAAAGAAAAAGUGAACAUAUUAGACACACAGAAGAUGAAUUAAAGAAGGAGAGAGAAACACUGAAAGAAAUAGAAGCUCAUCUACAAAAGGAAAAGGAAGAAAUUGAGAGUGUCACUGAAGAAACAAAAAGACAGAAAGAGGAUCUGGAAAAAAUGAACACAGACAUGAAUGAACAAAAACAAGAGCUGAAGAACUGCAGAGACCUUCUAGAACAAGAAAGAGAAGAAAUAAAUCAGAAAUGGACAGGGUUACAACAAAGAAUUGAUGAAUUUGAUGCUCAAGUCAGUAAACAGCAGGAAGAUUAUAUGAAGGAACAGAAAAAGAUGGAAGAAGAAAGAAAAAGUCUAGAAGAAACCAAAGCUAAGAUCCUGGAGCUGAAGACCAAGGCUGAAAAGGAACAGAUUGUGGAAGAAAAAGAAAAAGAAGAAGAAAUGAGAGUAAAACCAAAAAUGGAGAAGGAAGAACUUGAUCAGAUAAAGAGUGAACUGGAAAGAGAGAAAGCUGAAAUAGAUCAAGAGCAGAAGAAAAUAGAUGAUGACAGAAAGAUGACUGAACAGGAAAGAAAUUACCUGGAAAAGUUGAGGUCUGAAAUAAUGACAGAAAGAGAGCAAAUGGAAAACAUGAGAGAAGCAAUCAAACUAGAAAGAUCAGCACUAGACCAGAAAAUGCAAGAGAUUGAUCUAGAAAAGGAUGAAAUUGAAAAGAACAAAGAAAUAGCUCAGAAAUUAAUGGAUGAAGUAGAAGAGCAGAGAAAUUAUAUUAAACUCCAGAAAGAAAAAUUCGACCUUGAAAGACAAAAGAUCACUGAUGAAAAACAUCUUCUAGCUCAAAGUAAGACAGAACUACAAAAAGAAAGUGAACAAAUCAAAUGCGUGGAGGAGGAAAUAAAGAAUGAGAGAGAAACACUGAAGGAAACGGAAGCUCAACUACAAAAGGAAAAGGAAGAAAUAGAGAGUGUCACUGAAGAAACAAAGAGACAGAAAGAGGAUCUGGAAAAAAUUAACACAGACAUAAUUGAACAAAAACAAGAGCUGAAUAGCUGCAGAGACCUUCUACAACAAGAAAGAGAAGAAAUAAAUCUGAAAUGGACAGAGUUACAACAAAGAAUUGAUGAAUAUGAACAGUCAAGGAUGGAGUCUAUGAAGAAUGUUCUUGAGGAGACUAGAAAGAAAGAAGAAAAAAUGGAAGAAAUGGAAGAAAAACUUAAACAGGCUAGCAAGGAAUAUGAAGGUGUCCUAGAAGAAACAAACUGGAGAAGGAGUGAAUUAGAGAAAAUUAUGUUGGAUAUAUCACAACAAAAUCAAAAGAUUGAGACAGAGAAAGAUCUUCUGAAGAAAGAGAAAAAUAACAUUGAAAAGGAAAGAGAAGAUUUGCAAAAACAAGCUGAUGAUCUGAAGAUGCACAUGACAGAACAAAAAGAAAAAGAAGAGAUCAGUAAAAGAGCAAUGGAUGAUGAGAAGAACCUUCUUGAGCAGAAAGCCGGCGAAAUCCUGAGACAGAGAAAUGAAUUAGAAAAAGAAAAAGAGGACGUGAUGAAGAAGUGGAAUGAGCUGGAUGUUCUUCAGAAGAAAUUACAACCAACAGCAGCAAAUCAACAGCAGCAAAAACUGGAGGAAAGUUUAAGAGCUGUGAAUGAGGAGAGGAGACAUCUGGAGAACAUGAGGUAUGAAUUUGAAGAAUAUAGACAACAAAUGGAAGAAGAGAUAAGAGUAAAAGCAAAGAUGGAAAGAGAGGAUCUUGAUCAGAUGAUGGCCAAGAUAUUGAUGGAACGAAAAGAAACUGAAAAGAGCAAAGAUAUGAUAGACCUUCUAAAGAAGGAACUGGAGCAAACAAAAGCCAAACUGAAUGCUCAAGAGGAGCAAAUCAAACUGGAAUUGCAAAUUGUGCAAGAUGAGAGGAAAGAUCUGGAACAGUCCAAGGCUGAAAUCAAGAGACAGACUGAUGAAAUAAAGAUCAUGAAAGAGCAGACGAGGACGAGAGACGAGAAGGAACAUCCUUCUGCAGAAGAAACUGCCUUUGAAGAAAAACAGAUACAAAUAGAUGAAGUCAACAGACUCUUGUCUGAGAUUCAAAGGGAAAGGGAAGAACUUGAAAGAGACAAAAAAAUAUUUGAACAUCAAAGAGAGGCACUGGAUGAGAUGAAGAGUAAACAACCGACACAGAGGCUAGAAGUUGUUUUGGUUAGUUCUGCUACACAAACAUCUGAUCUGGACAAUAUACCUGUAGGUGACAUUUCAGCCCUUCGGGACCAAGUAGUUGAGGAACAAACAGACAUUCCUAAGGGAUAUACAACUUUGAUAACAAAAGGGAGGGAAGAUGAAUUAGAGAGAAUGAGAGACCAGGAGGACACAGACCUCAAAAUGAGAAGUGAAGAAACCAAAAUGGACUCAAGCCGAGAGGACACUGCACUGACAACAGAAUAUAAAUAUAUACCAGAUCCAGCCAUGCUCAGUAAAGAUGAAACCGAUGGCCUUGCUGGCAUGCUGAUGACUGAGAAGAAGGAACUAGAAAAGACAAGACUUGUUUUACAGAGAGAUCAGAAAGAGAUUGAGACAAUGAGACAACACAUUGACAGAGAGAAGAAUAAUCUGGAGAAAUAUAAAGCAGCUCUUGAGAAACAGUAUGAAGAGAUGGAGAUACAUAGACAGAAUAUGGAAAAUGAAAGAGCUGAGUUAGAAAUGACUCAAGAUAAAAUUAAGAUGGACAUGGAAAAAAUUCUAAUGGAGACCAAGAGAAAACAGGAGACAAUAGAAAACAUGGAAAUCCAACUUCAGGAAAAGAAGAGAGAAACAGAAACAAUCUCAGAUGAGAUGAAACAGAGACAAGAGGAGUUGGACUACAUUAAUACAGAGAUAAAAAGAAAGAGACAAGAGAUGGUUGACACUAAAGAAAUGGAGGAACAUGAGUUAACUGACUCACUUCCAGAAAGAAAGGAGUCUGUAAAAAGCGACGUGGAGGAAAUACAGAACCAAAAGGAGGCAUUAAGGAAGGAGAAGGAUGAAUCUGAAAAAAAUACUUGCUGGACUGCAACAAGAGCAAAUGAAAAUGGAAAUGCAUCAGGCAAUGUUGAAAUCAGAAAGAAAUGAACUGAGUAGAAUGAGAGUCGAUCUGGAGACACAAAAAGAGGAGCUUAGGCGUAUGCAACAACAUAGAGACUGAAAGAGACAAGCUGGAAUCAAGGUUAAGGAGAGCAGAGGACAUAGAGAGGCUUUUGGAGGACGUACUGAAAGAAAAGGAAAGGGUAGAAGAAAUG